CACAAACACACAGCAGCCGAAAUAACAGAAAGCAAUCCAUCAGAAAUACCUCCGUCGCCGCCGGCGCCGCCGGCCGCCGCCUGCGCCAUGCUCCGCCUCCGUGAGUGCUUUGUUUCCUAUAUCAUCUCUCCUUCCUCCACCUCUUCCAUCUUGCCACUCCGCCGUCUCCUUUCCGCCGCCACGGCCCCCGUUUCCACGAACCCUAGCAGCUUCGCCGUCGAGGAGUACCUCGUCGGCACCUGCGGCCUCACCCGGCCCCAAGCCCUCAAGGCCUCCAAGAAGCUCUCCCACCUCAAGUCCCCCGCCAACCCCGACGCCGUCCUCGCCUUCCUCGCCGGCCUCGGCCUCUCCGGCGCCGACGCCGCCGCCGUCGUCGCCAAAGACCCGCUUUUCCUCUGCGCCGGCGUGGACAAAACCCUGGCCCCCGUCGUCGCCGGGCUCACCGACCUCGGCCUCUCGCAUCCUGAGAUCGCCCGCCUCGUCUCGCUUGCCCACUAUGGCUUCCGAACCAGGUCCGUCGUCUCCAAGGUGCAGUACUGCCUGCCCCUCUUCGGCUCCUUCGACAACUUCCACAGGACGCUUCGGCGCGGACCCUGCCUUAUCUCGUCGGACCUCGGCAAGGUGAUCAAGCCCAACGUCGAGUUCCUGAGGGAGUGCGGGCUAAGUGACUGCGAUAUUGUCAAGCUGUGUAUCCCUGCGCCGAGGAUGCUCGCCACCAACCCGGAGCGCCUCCGGGCGAUGGUGGCAUGUGCUGAAAGAUUAGGUAUACCCCGUGGCUCUGGAAUGCUUAGGCAAGCGCUGCAGGCUGUUGCGUUUCUCGGCAAGGAGAAAAUCGCUGCCAAAUUGGAGUACUUGAAGAAUACCUUCAGGUGGUCUGAUGCCGAAGUGAGCAUUGCUGUCUGUAAGGCGCCGAUGGUGCUGAGGAAGUCAAAGGAAUCUCUGAAGGGCAGGUCCGAGUUCCUGUUAUCUGAGGUGGGGCUGGAACCCAUGUACAUUGCUCAUCGACCGAUAAUUCUCUGUCUUAGCCUGGAGGGCCGGGUCAGGCCCCGAUACUAUGUUGUAAAGUUCCUCAAGCAAAGUGGACUGCUAGGCCGUGACCCGAGCUUCUAUACUGCUGUCAUGGUGACCGAGAAGGCAUUCAUGGAGAAGUUCAUAUGCCCUCACAAGAAAGCUGCACCACACCUCGCCCAAGACUAUGCAACUGCUUGCAAAAGGGGAGAUGCCGACUAGUAUCAUAUUUAGAUGCACUGGAAACAGGCUAUGAAAAUUGGUUACUCUGUAUGUCGCAACAAAGUUUCCACUUGGCAGAGUAAUCUGGUAAUUCCUGCUUCGGUGUACUUCGGCAGGGUAAGCUGGUAAUUCCUGCUUCGUUGUACUUUGGCUAAAUGGAUGUGCUGAUGUUGUAUUUUCUUAGAGAAGAUCUCUGAAAAUGAGAAGUCCAUGGAUACAUUUCUGUUUCUGACAUCAUUGGAAGAUCAUGGAAACCAGAAAACAAAAGAAAUGUAUCACUACUAUGGUCUGCUUUCAUGCCAAAGUUUAUUCGUGCAUGUUCAUUUUCA